AUGCCAUACUACAACCAACAGGGCCAGAAAGAUCUCCCACCUGUUCCACGAAAGGAUAAUAACUCGGGUGGUCUCAACUUCCAAGGGAAUCGGAAUGUUAUUAGGGACGAUGCUGAUGAUUUUAAUUUUGUUGAUCCGAAUUCUCAUAUCGAUAAUUCUUUCAAGGACAAUACCUUCCGUCCAACUAAUCCUAAUAUCAGUUUGACUAAUAGAAUUAUUUAUGAUUAUGAUACCGAUGGCGACUCAGAUUCUGGGAUUCAGAAUAAGCAAUAUUCUAAUGCAAAUCCGAGCCAACCAAAUAUGCAAAGAGAACUAGCAAGAACUAAUAACAAUAAUCUCACUCACCAAAAUGAUUUUUAUUCUCAGUCAAAUAAAUCCAAUAUCUCAAGACAAACCAGUACAAAAUCAAACCCCUUUAAGGAAGAUCCCUUCAAUGAUGGCUCCAACCGUAAUAGUGCAAUCAGCAGAAAUAGGCCUUUCGAGGACAAUCCUGAUGGGAGUUUUGAUAAUGUCCCAAUUAAAUACAACACUACAGGUCCGACAAAUGAUGAAAACAAUAACAAUGCUUCUACUUCGCUUCUUAAUGAUUACAGAAACAACAAAUUUUAUAAUAACGGAAAUGCCGCUGUGAAUGGCGGCUUCAGAGUUGAUGAUGAGUUUACCCAGAAUGAACUCCAACCAAGAUUUAUUGGUGAUCCAGGGGCCGAAAAGAAACCUCCAGCCGGUCUUUUGGUUUGGAGAGGCAAAAAAAUUGCUAUUGUUUGUUAUCUUUUCACAGUUAUCCAAGUAAUCGUGUUCAUUGCAGAGUUGGCCAAAAUGGGAAAGCUUACUGGAAGUCCAAUCCAAACUGAACCAUACUUCAACCCAAUGAUCGGCCCAUCAUCUUAUGUACAAAUCAAUAUGGGUUCGCGAUUUGUUCCUUGUAUGAUUCAGCUUCCAGGUAUCACAAAUCUCACAAGUAGUGUGUUUCCAUGUCCGAAUUCUACAGAUGUCGCCACAGGCUGUACUUUGAGUUACCUUUGUGGAUUAGGGACCAUUAAAGAAGAUGACGAUGCGUAUGAACCAAAUCAAUGGUACAGAAUCAUAACUCCAAUUUUUCUACAUGGUGGUUUCAUUCACAUUAUUAGUAACAUGUUAUUACAAUUGAUGCUAGGUGUUGAUAUGGAAAGACAGAUUGGAUCCUGUUUAUUCCUUUUUAUUUAUAUGGCAUCUGGUAUAUCGGGAAAUAUUUUUGGCGCAAAUUUUGCUCAAAAUGGUUUGUCAUCGACAGGCGCUAGUGGUGCUUUAUUUGGUAUUAUUGGAGUUAAUUUAUUUCAUUUCAUUUUCUUUACCAACAAAUCCCAAAUGCAUCCAAAGAUUUACCGCAAAAAUUUGACCUAUUUGGCAGGGGAAAUAGUUUUCACUCUCAUUCUUGGCCUUUUACCUGGUCUCGACAACUUUAGUCAUAUUGGCGGGUUUGUUGUUGGUUGCCUCUUAAGCGUGGUCUGCUUAAAGGAUCCAAACUUCAUAUUCCAAGACCGUUACCGUUAUCAACGUGACCCAAAUGACAUCAAAAAGUCUGCCAUUCCAGCUCGUAAUAGUUUGAACUCAUUCACACCUUUUGAUUAUGACGGGGCAGCUGCCGAAGGUAACCGGGACCACAAUCAAAUAAGGGUUAUUAAUUCAAGGGUUGCCAAAUUCUUUCCUAAUAUCAAUAUUAGAAAACAAAAUUUAUUCUUUGCUUGGAGUCUUGGUAGAGUCAUUUGUGGGAUACUCGCCUUCCUAUGGUUUUAUUUCCUUAGUGUCAAUUUAUGGAGAAAUGGUGGUGGUCACUGCUCGUGGUGUAAAUACCUUUCCUGCAUUCCAGUUAAGGACUGGUGCUCAAUGGGCAAGAUCCAGCUUGAAGAUUUGGGCACUGUGGAUAAUAAUUCUAUUGUAUUACUUAGUACAUUUCUUUUACUCAUCGGUUCGCACUUCAAAUAUCUUGGUGGCUCGAUACAUAAGACACUUAAUUCUUAUAAGGCCAAACAAGAUUAA